ACAGCGAGCAGUACUUUUCUUUCUCCAUCGUCAGCGCGUGUGGUGUGAUCGUUGUGUUCAGUCAAGUGCUCCGCGAAAUAACUAAUAAAUUUAAGUAGUGUCUUCAUUUUCAUCACACCCGCCUCACCAAUUCACCAUCGCACAGCACAACCACACACACCUCGCCGUCACAGAAAAAUAAUCAGAAAAUUACACUCUCUGGUGUGUGUGCGUUAUUUGGGAGACGAAAAGAACAAAGAAACACAAAAACAAAAGCUUCAGAGAUCUAGGCAAAAAGUUCAGUGAAGAACGCAGGGCCACAACAAACAGGAGUAAUUUGAACUGGAAAUAAGAGAAACAGAGCAAGCCGAGCGCGCGUGUGACAGUUUUUAAUUUUGUUAAUUUAUCUUUCUAAACAAUUUAUUACACACAUAUAUAUCCCCCAUUUGUGAUUGGAUAGAUCGGACCCGACGACUUCAUUUUGCGGAAACCCAGUUACUAAAUCAGUUUACGAACGUACGCAUACGACUACCCAUAAAAAGCCCACAUCGUCUUCAGGGGAACAGAGAAAUUGAAAAUUGUUUUUCGUGAUUGAAGAAAACACGGUAAUUUGUUGUAUGAGUCAGAAAGCCGAAAGACCAGUACUAUCAGGUCAACGCAUUAAGACCAGGAAAAGGGAUGAAAGAGAGAAGAAUGACCCCACGGGAUUCCGUGACGCGGUCAUUGCAGGUCUCGAUUCAGCUGAAGAUCUAGAGCAAAUUUACAAGUACCUUGACAGCGCUGGUAAUAAACUCGACUAUCGUCGCUACGGUGAAGUAUUAUUCGAUAUCUUAAUUGCUGGUGGAUUACUCGUACCCGGAGGAUCUAUCUCACAAGAUGGCGAGAAACCACGUACCGAUCGCUGUAUAUUCGCAGCAUCGGAAGACAUGGAAUCGAUGCGGAACCAUGAGCAGAUCUUUAUACGGCUUAUGCGUCGAUACAAGUAUCUCGAGAAAAUGUUUGAAGAGGAAAUGAAGAAAAUUCUGAUUUUCAUCAAGGGUUUUACUCCACUCGAAAGGAUCAAACUCGCUCGCAUGACGGCUCUGUGGAUGGCUAAUGGAUCCAUUCCGCCGCAAGUGCUGAACGUGCUGAACAACGAACACCUGACGAAGGAUGGGAUAGCGCUGGAGUUUCUGCUAGAGGUGUUUAUCACCUUCAAGCAGGAGAAGGGUGGCAAUGCGCCCUUGGUGGCGGCUCUGCGCAAGGGUGGUCUCGACACCCGCCUAAUGGAUUUUCUGCCCAUGAACAAGCGCAGCGAGGACUACCUCAAGACGGUACUUGUUGAAAAGGAUCUGGCCGAAAUUUUCAAGCUCCAUAUGGCUCAGGCGAGCCAGGAAGCAAAGCGAGAACUGACGCAGCUGCUUAUUGAUGAUAUUAACGAUAAUAAGACAAUUAAGGAUAUUAUCGCCGACGCGAAGGAAAUGUCGACGAAAUCUAACAUUCCCGAGCAUGAAGUAGUUGGUCUCAUUUGGUCCACCGUUAUGUCACUAGCCGAAUGGAACAAGAAGGAAGAGCUGGUCGCGGAGCAAGCACUGAAACAUCUGCGCACUUACACGCCGCUGUUCGAAGCGUUCACCACCGCCGACCGAUCGGAGAUGGUUCUACUGUUGAAGGUGCAAGAGUUUUGCUAUGAAAACAUGAACUUUAUGAAGGCUUUUUCGAAGAUUGUUUUGCUUUUCUACAAAACCGAAGUAAUCACGGAAGAUUCGAUCCUGAAGUGGUACAAGGAGGGUCAUUCUAACAAGGGAAAAAUGCACUUCCUGGAACAGAUGAAGAAAUUCAUUGAGUGGCUGCAGAACGCCGAAGAAGAAAGUGAAUCUGAGGAAGACUAAAUCAUAAUCAUCUCGUUUCUCUCGUAUUGGACACUAUUUUCACCACAACUCAAACAAACAACAAUCAACCCAUCACACCACUUGCGUUCUUCUAUAAUAAAUCUGAGAGGCAGUUUGUAAUAUCCCCACUCUCCGCUCCCGAGCGCCGCUGCUAGCACAACAUAUAUAUAUUCUCAUUUUACCCGUUACUUUUAUUUAAAACGAUGAAAUUUAUGCCCGUGCUGAAUUGAACGAGUGAAGGGUGAAAUUCCCUUACCGCAUUGUGUGUAGAGACACUAGAGAACAGAUGAUAAAUAUAGAUAUGGUUGAAAGGGAAAUAUUCA